UGUGGCUCCGCACUGCGAUCUGUCGCCCCGCGCAGCUGGAAGGCGCUCCAGCUGCGCGCCCAUGGCCGGGCGGCUCAGCUGCACGCCAACACACACCCACAGAGAGUCGCCUCCGAGCGCGUCAGCGUCACGGCACUUUGUAUAGCCUUAAAACACACACACUCACACACACGCACGCAUCUUGGUGGGGGGAGACAAUUGUUAGAAAGAACCAGCCGCAUGGCCCGACCGGGGUACAACAAGUAGGCUACCAAACUCUGAGGAGCGACUCGAGCGGAAAUCGUCUUGUGCGCGAGUUCUUGUGCAUUCCGGUGUGUUGCCGCCGCCUCCGAACGCAGAGUCCCUGCGCGGAGCUCCCGCUUGGCCGAGCCGCGCUGCUCAUCCCACAGCUCAGCCCACCACUGAUCCCACCGCAGCCUCUCCUCUUCGGGCAUGGGACCCUGCCAACUCUGAAGUGAGCGCCACACGAUCCCAAACACACUGGAGGAAGUGAAGUCAACACAGAGACGCAGGGAAGCAUGGAGCCCGUUUUAUCCGAGCAGUCGGCCACGGUGGACGAGCUGGUGGAGGCGUGCAUCCAGGCCUUUGAUGAGAACGGCACUUUGAAGGAUUCCUCCUUGGUCCGCAUGUUCCUGAUGAUGCAUCCCUGGUACAUCCCUUCCACUGACAUGGCUAAGAAGCUCGUGCUGAAAUCUCAGGAGGAGAGCUGUACUGAGGAACGUCGGACAAGAAUAUGCCACCUUGUCAAGUACUGGAUUUCUGAGUUCCCCGCUGAGUUCAAUCUGAACCCCGAGCUGGAGGAGCAGAUGAAAGACUUUAAAGACCUGCUGACCACUGAAGGCAACGAGAGGCAGAGUCAGCUCAUCGACCUGGACAGUGUGCCCUCGUAUAAAUGGAAACGGCAGGUGACUCAGCGUGUCCCAUCUGUGUCUAAAAAGAGGAAAAUGUCCCUGCUGUUCGACCACCUUGAUUCAUCCGAACUGGCAGAGCACCUGACCUUCCUGGAGUACAAAUCCUUCUGCAAGAUCCUGUUCCAGGACUACCACAGCUUCGUGAUGCACGGCUGCACGGUGGACAACCCCAUCCUGGAGCGCUUCAUCACGCUCUUUAACAGCGUCUCCCAGUGGAUCCAGCUUAUGGUGCUCAGCAAGCCCACCGCCCCGCAGAGAGCCGCCGUCGUAUCCCAUUUCAUCAGAGUGGCGCAGAAGCUGCUUCAGCUGCAGAACUUCAACACCCUGAUGGCGGUGGUGGGCGGCCUCAGCAACAGCUCCAUUUCCCGUCUCAAAGACACCCAGAGUCACAUCAGCGCAGAGACCAACAAGGUCUUUAACAGCCUCAUCGAACUGGUGACGUCAUGCGGAAAUUACAGCCAGUACCGCAAGCGCUUCUCCGAGUGCUCGGGCUUCCGAUUCCCCAUCCUGGGCGUGCACCUGAAGGACCUAAUAGCCGUGCACGUGGCGCUGCCCGACUGGGUCGACAAGGAGAAGACGCGGGUGAACCUGGCCAAAACCCAGCAGCUCUACGCCAUCCUCCAGGAGCUGGCCCUGAUCCAGACAACGCCGCCGAGCGUCGACUCCAACACCGACCUGCUCAACCUGCUCACAGUAUCGCUGGACCAGUACCACACUGAGGAGGAGAUCUACCAGAUGUCUCUACAGAGAGAACCACGCAAACCAGCUCAGAACUCCAGCCCUGCCCCUGCGCCUGAACCUAAGCCCUCUAUGAUUGAUGAGUGGGCCGUGUCCGUGAAGCCCAACGCUGACCCGACGAUCAUUAAGAACCACAUAGAGAAGAUGGUGGAGAGCGUCUUCAAGAAUUUUGACACGGAUGGCGACGGCCACAUCUCCAGGGAUGAGUUUGAAGCAAUCAGGAACAAUUUCCCUUACCUGAGCAAGUUUGGAGAGCUGGACAAGAACCAAGACGGGAAGAUCAGCAGGGAUGAGAUGAUCGACUACUUCAUGAAAGCCAGUUCUCUGCUAAACUGCAAGAUGGGCUUCAUCCACACCUUCACAGAGGCCACCUAUGUGAAGCCCACAUUCUGCGAGCACUGCGCUGGCUUUAUAUGGGGCUUUUACAAACAAGGCUACAAGUGUAAAGCCUGCGGGGUGAACUGUCAUAAGGCCUGCCGAAGCCGCCUGGCCGUCGAGUGCAGGAAGAGGACGAAGAGCAUCAGCCACGAGACUCCACCAGCCCUCCAGGCCAGAUCCUACAGCUUCCCACCACCUGCCAAUACUCCUCCCAGCCUGCAGAACACAGUCAUAGCUGAAGAGGACCUAGAGACGGUGGAGGAGGGAGUUUUUGAUGUCCAUCUAUAACUAGGAGCCUUUAACUGAAGGGUGGCUUCUCCGAAACAGGCCAGUGACAGUCCUCAGCUCUCUCCAUCCCCACAUCCCUGCUGUAGGCGUCGUGCAUGAAGCCAAAUCAGAGAGCCGAGCCAGGCGGGGGGAGCGGACCACAGUUAGUUGUACAACCCUCGGCACUGAGGGGAACCGGCACCGAACACCAGCCAGGAAAACCGACACGCUGCCACACGGUGGACUCAUCCUGGAACAGCACUCCUCUCCAUCUAAAUAGAUGGUGGUGUUCAACAUGCGUGGAACGUGUGUAUUGAUUCAGUGUGCAGAGAGUAUUAAUGUAUAGAACUAUUGUAUUGUUUUUUUUCUUUUAAGUAAUCCAUUAAAUUGUAUUUUCUCAGUGGAACUUUUAAAAUCGGUCUAGUUUCUGCAUUUCGAGGUGGACCUCUGCUCAUCUUCAGAACAUUAAAGAGGUGCUGUUAUUGCCAAGAAUGUAAAGCUGCCACCCAGACUAAGCUAUUGUCUCCUUUUUAUCUGAGAUGCUGUGUUUUUGUUUUUCUUUUAUGUUGUUUUUGAAGUAUGUGUUUGAGUGGAGCCAAAACAAGGACCAAUUUGGAUGUCAGAUGAUAUGCCGUUGCUUUGUGGUUGCCGUCUGAAGUGUGGUGACAAAAGCAUCUGCUCUGCAGACAAAAGAAACGGCAGAAAUAAGUGUGCAGACACCUGUAAUUAGAGUGAGACGAGACGCUGAACGGUGCUGUAUUUUUGUCGUGUUACCCUCGGUAUCCGUGGCUGUCCUGUUGUUAACGCCGUGCUGUUUUCAGUACACAGUGCUGUGAAGCUAGCUGAGAUGGAGAAAUCCUGCUGUCAGAUGAAGAAUCCGUCUUCCCCGGCAAACCCGUCGACAGCACAGAGCUGGAGACCGGCUUACGUCCCACUGAUUCCCCCCGUCGGUGUCUGAGCGAGCGCCGAUGUUUUCAGCCUGCCAGUUUUUAAGGAAUCAAAAGGAGGGAAUUGAAACCGAAGUGGCCUAAUGAGGCUUUUUUUUAUUUGACAGCAGCCUGUAGAAAAAUAUUCCUGAGAAUCUGUUUUAAUGCAACUUGGAUUUUGCCCUUUUUGUAUGCUGCAUGCUGCCUCCAAACAUUUCUGCGGAGUAGAGGUUUCAUCAUUUCUAACGUGGCACGUUAAAGUUACGGCACAGCUACUGACAAAACGCUUCAGCCUCUCUGUGCCUGUGGAGAGAUGAAUUCAGACCUGGAGCCGCGUCCCGCUAACGGCUGACUUGUCGUUGGAUGACACUCCUUGUACAUUUUUGCUUUUGUUGCAUGAAUAGCUGAAGAAAAGCUGGUCCUUCAGUUGUGAUCCUCACCUAAUGACGUGUUGUGUUUCAGAACUGUGCUGUUUAUGCUGUUUUCCCGCGGCUUCAGAACGAUUUCUCAGUAUUAAGUGCGGCUGGCAUCUUUCAGAUAACUGUUGUUGUGAAAAUGUUUGUGAUUAAUAAGAAUGAUAAUGGAAAACAUGGCGGUUUGUGUUGUUUUUAAGACCUGCCAGAUCAGCUGUUCCAACUCUUCUUAAAUUUCUGUUUGCA